AGGAGGAGAAUUACACAGAAACUAGUAAGAGGAGGAGAAUAACACGGAAGAAAAGAAAGUGCAUCAGGAAGUACCAUUGACAAUGACGACGGUCGCAGAAUCACCGGAAUCUGAGACACACUCAGCAUACGACGACGACUCCAAAACCAACAAUCCUCAAAUCUUUAAUCAAACGACGCCGUUUAUUGAUUACGCUGCUGCGCAAGCCCAGCUUUACCACCGGGCCUUCAACGACAGGGUUGAUUCAACAAUUGAUGCUGCAAAAUCCCGUUUCGCCCAAAUCCGCUCUACCUCUUACGUUCAUUUUAACCAGACCUUGGAUUCUUUGGAUGACCUCAAGUCUCAGUACAAUGCUUAUGAAGAUCUUUUGUUUGGAAAGAUCAAAGAGGGUGUACUUGUUGCAGCUUCACAUCCGUUGAUUACAUGUGGAGCUGCUGCUGCCCUGGGUCUUGUGGUACUUAAGAGGCCUAGACAGGUCUUGUACUAUAACACUUUGCGCCUUUUGGUCAGUGAAGAGUCUAUGAUUUCUAGAGCCCAUGCUGAAAUUAAAGAGUUGCGACAAUCAAUUCAGAUUUUAAAGGCUGAAGGUGAAAAGUUGGAGAAGAGUGCAAUACAUGCAGAGGAGCAAUUCUUACAUGGAAGGACGAAACUCAGACAAGCAGGAAAGCAGAUCCGGAAUGUGAUUCAUUCAGCACACAAAAUUGAAAGACGAGCACAUGGUUUGAAAGAUAUCCUUGGAGAACUCCCUAAAAGAGAAGCAUCCCUUUUCCGAUCACAGGUUUCCCAACUUGCUUCUGAGGCAAAGAAAGAAAAAAGUACCUUGACCAAGGAGAUCUCCAAAAUUAGCAACUAUGGCAUCUCGGUUUGAGAGACUCUGCUUCAGCAUUUUCUAAUUUACGUGCAUCUUAGUCUUCUGAUCACGAGCAUGAUGUCUGGUGAUCUUUUUCAGGACUAACAAAGUUCUGUUGUUAUAUUAUAAUAUAUAAUAUUUUUAAUCCCUACGGUUCGUGAAGUUUUCCUGAGAGGGAGGUUUCAUGCCCACAGUAAAGAGAAUGUGAAUGAAUACGCAUAAAGUGACAACUUCACAGAUAUGAAGUUUUGUGCGGUCUCUCUUUUCACAAUUUAUAAAGUUCAGUAGGCUACGGUGACACUGUAGCACAACGCAUAAGUAUGACUCAUUUUACAUACAUAUUGGGAAUGAGCAUAUUGAAUUUGUUAUAAAUCAAUGAGCAUGACUCAGUUGAAAUCA